AGGAAGGAGAGGCAGGGAGACAAGGGGAGAGUGAGACCUGCUGCUAAUCCUGCAAUUGGCCCGGGCUGGGGGCAGGCUCGGCGGAGGAGCUGUCAUGCGGGGAUCGCACCCGGGGCAGCCCGCCGGAGCGGCCGGGCUGCACGGCGGGGCCCGGGGGGGCCCGCAGAGGCUGGCAGCGAGUUUCUGCAAAGUUUGACCCGGUUGCCUUCCUGAUGCUGCGGCGGCGGCUGGAGCAGGAGCCGCGCAGCCCUCGCCGCCCGCAGCCCUGACCCGCCGGCGAGGCUGAAACCCGGCGCCGUCCCCGUAUGCAUGAAUGUAUUGCGAGAGAGGAAGCUUGCGGCAGCCAAGAGGCGGAGGGACCGAGCCUGCUUCUCCUCUCACCUCCCCGGGCAUAUAGCACAGAAGAGAAGGAAGAAAAAAAAAAAAAGAAGAAGAAGAAGAAGAAGGAGCAGCGAGCCGCCCCCCCGCGCCAGCACCUCGCCCCCGCGCAGCGGAGGGGGAGCCCGGCGCGGCUCGCUGCGCGGCGCCGGCGGCGCGGCCGGUGCUCGGCGCUGCUCGGCGCGAUGCGGUGAAGCCCCGCGCGGGAGCGAGGCGACCCGCGGGGGCCACGCGUGUGCGGGGCGGCCCCGCCGAUGAGCCCCGCCGGCUGAGCCGGAGCCGGCUCGCCUGGCCGCGGCGGCGGCAGCAGCGAGGAGGAAGGUUGGACACCCCUGCAGCGCGACCCGCUCGGCGAGGAAGAGGAGGAGGAGGAGGAGGCGGCCGGGGAGCUGCGCGGCGGCGGGAUGUCACAGGCGGCGAUUGUGCGGAGCGGCGGGCGCUGAGCGGCGCGCAGCGGCCCGCGGAGCGCCGCGGCCCCGGGCAGGCGAGAGCCGGCGGCCGCCGCCUGCCGCUGCCCCGCACCCGGCCCGGCGCCCCCGCGCCCGCGGACUCGGCAUGGAUGGCUUCGCCUAUUGCUAAGGGAAGAGGGGACGAGGAAGAAAAAAGAACAAAAAACAAAAAACAAAAAAUCCCCCCGAAAACCCAAACCGCCAAAGCGCGAACAUCGCUGCUGGAGAAACCUCCAAAGCCGGAGAUUUGGCUACUUUUUGCUUUUUCCACCCACCGUUUCUUUCUGUUAUUAUUGUAAUUUUGUGCGAAAGGAAGUUAUGAACAACUGCAAGUCAGGAAGUGGAAAUCCACACCGGUUGUGACAAGCUGGGGCUAAAAACUAUUUCAUUAUUUAUAUAGAUGUGUCGAUCAACAUUCUGCUUUUCAUCCAAAGAAUAAAGGGAAAUACCGACUUGUCCUAUGGUUGAUGGUGAAUGACAGACUGCAUCUGAGAAAAGGAAGGACUAAAUAUAUCAGCUAAGAACAACACCAUUAUUUAUUGAACUCAGUGGACUUUUUUUUUCAAACUCAAAGACUGUUUGAGGAAAGAUUUAAUGGGUCAUUGAAAGAGGAAAAAAAUAUUUUAAAGGCCCUCCUGCUUGUGAAGUGCAGCUAUCCUCAAAAUAGGAGCAGUACUCGUAAGACAGACAUCCAAAUUAAGGCUUUACAUGAUGAAUUUUCUAUCCUAUGGAUAUCAGUUCUGAGAUUACAAACCAAGAAGAUCUAUAAUUGAUCUAGCACCAGAUAAUUUCAAUGCCUAAUAUUCCCCAGGAUUGCUGGAGUACCCUAGGAGCUGCGUUGGACUGUAUUCAGGGUAUGCCAUGGGCUGUAUUCAGAGUAUUAGCUGCAAAUCCAAAGUUUUCCGGGAAAGUAUUUCAGUGAUUGAAGUUAAAGCCUCCAUCGAUCCCAUUCCCACCAGCAUAGACGAGUCAUCCAGUGUGGUUCUACGCUACCGGACCCCUCACUUCCGAGCCUCUGCGCAAGUGUUGGUGCCCCCUAUUCCCAAGAAGGAGACCUGGAUCGUGGGCUGGAUUCAGGCUUGUAGCCAUAUGGAAUUUUACAAUCACUACGGGGAACAGGGAAUGUCAAGUUGGGAGCUUCCGGAUCUACUGGAUGGUAAAAUCCAGGCCAUAAGCGAUUCAGAUGGAGUGAACUAUCCCUGGUACGGAAAUACAACAGAAACCUGCACCAUUGUGGGUCCCACAAAGAAAGAAUCCAAGUUCAACAUCAGCAUGAACGACAACUUCUACCCAAGCGUCACAUGGGCAGUGCCCGUAAGCGAGAGCAAUGUGGCAAAACUCACAAGCAUUCACCGGGAUCAAAGCUUCACCACCUGGCUGGUUGCAACCAACACAGCUACCAAUGAAAUGGUGACCUUGCAGACUAUCAAAUGGCGCAUGAGGCUGGGUAUAGAGGUAAAUCCCAGCAGACCCCUGGGGCAGCGUGCCAAGCUGCGGGAGCCCUCUGCUCAAGAGCAGCCCCAGGUCCUUAGCAAGAAUGAGCCAAUACCACCCAGUGCCCUUGUCAAACCCAAUGCCAAUGAUGCUCAGGUACUCAUGUGGAGGCCAAAGGAUGGACCACCACUUGUGGUGAUACCUCCAAAGCACCGAUAAUAACAACCUGGCGUCCCGGCAACAGAAGGGAGAAAAAGAAAAAUUUAGGCAUUAGAAUAUACAUGUAUAAUCUGAGCAAAAUCAAAAUGCACUUUUUAUUCAUUCAACAGAAAUGCAACCAUUCUACCUUCUCCCAUUGGGACGGAUUUCACUGUGCUAAAGCUAAAGAGGAGACCUUUGACUGGGGUCUGUCUCAUCACUGGAUUCCUAAGGGAAGAAACUAACAUUAACGUCUAUCCGUAUAGUUUUUUUCUUCCCUACUUUAGUUACUGUUUGAACUUCAGUCUCAUUAGCUUGCCCAGACUGCCCAGAACAAUAAGAACAUUUUAUUUGGGA